CCGGUGCUAAAACUAGUGUCCUUCGAAGUGUGCGCUCAACAUCACCGGCUGCCCUCAGCGAAACAGUAGCUGCCUCAGCGAUGGCCAGUAAAAAAGCUCGACGGACCGACAGUGAUAUCGCUUGCGAAGAAGCGGCAAGGUUGACGGCGGACCAACAGGACGACCCGUCGCCGGAUGACGAUGAGGCAGGAUGCGAGUACCACGAUAUGCCGCCGCCACCGGAUGGCGGAUACGGCUGGGUGAUCGUGUUCGCCUCCUUCAUGUGCAACAUGAUCGUGGACGGUAUCGCGUACACGUUCGGAGUGUUCCUCAACGAGUUCGUCGUGUACUUUGGCGAAGGCAAAGGCACAGUGGCCUGGGUCGGUAGCUUGCUGAGCGGAAUGUACCUGAGCGCUGGUCCGGUGGUGUCGGCGUUGGCGAACAAAUUUGGUUGCCGAGCCGUGUGCAUAGCGGGUGCCAUCAUCUCGGCGUCGGCCUUCGCCCUCAGCACGCUCAGCACUUCCGUCACGAUGCUGAUGCUGACGUACGGCGUUAUGGGUGGCAUCGGGUUCGGACUGAUCUAUCUGCCGGCGGUCGUGGCCGUCGGGUAUUACUUCGAAACGAAACGCUCCCUGGCCACCGGUAUCGCCGUGUGUGGGUCCGGCUUCGGAACGUUCGCGUUUGCCCCGCUCGCCAACAUGCUGCUGGAGCACUUUGACUGGAAAAACGCCAACCUCAUUCUGGCCGGACUGAUUCUGAACUGUGCCAUUUUUGGUGCCAUGAUGCGGCCACUAACUUACCCGAAGGAUGACAAAGUGAAGCCCCUGAUGCAGCGGAUGUACGAGGAAAAGCGCCUGCAGAUGGAGCGCGGUUCGAUCGGUGGCUCCUACUUCAUGGUGCAGCUACCGGACGGCACGAUGGAGAAAAGACUGAAAGCCCCGCUGAAUGCCGAUCCGGGCGUACACUCGAGCCUGGCCCUCGACCAGCUGGCCCAGCAACAGGGCAUGCAUCCCGUCGCGACGCUGCCAACCAUCUCGGAGUUCAAAGCGCAGGAACAGAACGGCAGCAGCGGCUCGUCGUCCGAGUCGAGUCAGAUCGAGAUGAAGAAACCGCUGAACAAGAAGCGCAACACAAACUCCGAGUCGGACGCGGCCGAUUAUGGGGCGGAUAAUAUGCCACGCAAUGCCUCACAGCCUGCCUUCACUAGCCACCAGUCAGGUAUCCCGAAGAAUGGGUCCGUACCGACGUUCGAUCGCGUCCGUAAGCACUCGACCGGCGAACGGUUCAAGCCGUCGUUGGCGGCCAUUAAGGCGAGCUCGCGCGGUGACGUCGGUAGCAACGGUGACGUACGUAAAUCCUCCAUCCCGCAGCUCAGAAACUCGCGUGGCUCUGUCAGUGGCAGCAAGAAUAAUAACGCUGAGGAAUUCGACGAUGGCAGCAUGUUCACCUCGAAGGCAUCGCUCAAAGCGGAUCGUCCCAUGAUGGUCCGCCCGUUGUCCCGCAAGGAUAUCUUCUACUCCGGUUCCGUUACCAACCUGAAGGAGUUCCAGUCGCAGAAGUCGCUCACCAACUACCGCAACUCGGUUGUUUCGUUAACCAAAUUCGAAAAGGAGCACCGCAACGACGUCCGCGAUGAUGUGGAAAAGGGCCGAGAAGAACAAUAUGAUCUCUGCCCGUGUCUGGUGUUGCCGGAAUCGUUCAAGAACGCAAUCGGUGCCAUGAUGGACGUCAGCCUGUUGCGCGAUCCCGUCUUCAUGAUGAUCGGUGUUUCAAACAUCUUCGGUAUGGCCGGCCUGUACGUCCCAUUCGUCUACCUUGUCGAUGCCGCCGUCCUAGAUGGAAUUGAACAAAACUCUGCCUCGUUCCUUAUCUCGAUCAUUGGUAUUACGAACACGGUUGGCAGGAUCGUGUGCGGCUACGUCGCUGACUUCCCGAAGGUGGACGCGCUGUUCCUUAAUAAUAUCUGUCUAGUCAUCUCUACGAUAGCGGUCGCGUUGACGCCAUUCUGCCACAGUUACGCCUCGUACGUGGUAAUGGCCAUCGCAUUCGGUAUUGCCAUCGCUGGGUACAUUUCGCUUACGUCAAUUAUUCUGGUCGAUCUGCUCGGUCUGGACAAGCUGACCAACGCGUUCGGAUUGCUGAUUCUGUUCCGUGGUGCGGCUACGAUCGUCGGCUCUCCGUUGGCCGGUGCCCUCUACGACGCCACUCAGUCGUACUCGAUACCGUUCUUCGUAGCCGGUCCCCAAACGAACGGUGGUGCCAAGGAAACGGACAAAGAAGUGAGCCAGAUGGAGUCGGUAGUGUAA